AUGUAUCACAAGGUUCUCUACGUGUGUACAUUCGUAUCUGUUUCCUAUGCAAUUUGGCCGCGUGGAAUAAAGCCAGGCGAAAGCGCUGCUCUCGAUCUCGUUAUGCGAGUAUCCAGAAUGACUUCUAAGGAUCUCAACUAUAUCCGCAAUCUUCAAUUUUGGGGGAAAAAUGACGAUGAGAUUCUGGAGCAAGUAAGACGUGACGAUCCGAUCCUUUACGAGAAAAUAACGAAACUACGUGCUAAAUACGUGAAAUUAUCCAGUGAAGCUAGGGAUUAUAUAGAUGAUGUGUUUCGUAUGGCCGUGGAACAUACCCGCUCAUUCAAUAUAGAACAAUAUUUCACACCAGAACAAAUUGGUGAAGCUAUACGGCUUGUUGGACAGUACAAAAACCUUCCUUUUCGCCUAGAACUAGAGAAAGCGUUCCCUGAUAUUGAUGCUUAUCCGCCGUUGAUUGAAAACUACAACGACGUAUAA